UCGCCCUCCGAAUAAAACCGACGCUUUCCGCGAAUGUGCGAGCUGGCUCCUCGCUAGCAGCCAUAAUUGGGAUUAUUCGGGAAUAAUUCGCCUGAUCCUGGCCGCUCUGUUUUCCUUCGCUUUUUUUUUUUUUUUACGUUAUUUGAUGAAAUCCUAAAUGUGAUUUCGAAGCGCAGCGUCUUCGAGGUUAAAUCCUCGGAUUGUUUUUAUAUAUAUUUAUAUAUAAAUAUACCUCGGCUGGAUUUUUUUUUGGCUUCGGUUUUUCCUCAUAUAGGUUCCAUCUGUCAUGGAGGCUUUUAUUAUGGACCAUUAAGAUGUAGCCCACCUUCGCUACGGCAGCAAAACAAAGACUGCAUACCGACAAUUCAGGGCCAGAUGCAUCGUUUUUUGUUUUGUUUAUUAUAAUUUUUUUUUUUGACCGAAAGAUGGGAAACAGAGGCGUAUCGAGGCUGUUGUCUGGGUGGACUAAUUGUCCUGCUGCCACUAGCCAUUGUGCACACCAAGACGUUUUAUUUAGGGGAUCCGCGAUCUAUUUUUCCUCCCUAGCGAUGGUGGGUGGGUUAUUCUAAGCGUCGAGAUUCUGACAUCAAUUGGAAAUAUAUGAUCAGAGAAAAACAGAUGCCAUCCCAUCGACGUGAUGCAACAUAAAAUCUGUUUUCUCGGAUGAUAUUCAAAUGAACACAUCCCUCCAUCCCUCCCUCUCUCUGCCCCUGUAAAAGGGUGGCGGUGGAUUUUUAAAAAAAAUAAUUAUUAUUACUAUUUUAAACACAUCCUUCUCAUUCUGGGUUGCUUGAUCAGCUGUUGAUUAUUACUAUUGGUUUUCGACAGCUUCUCAUGUUUAUUCCAUGUCGCUCUUUCGGAUGGAUUUAUGCAUAACAGGUGUUGUUGAGCACAUCAAGAGGCAUGAAGCUUUAUUAUGUGUCUUUCUCUCGAUUUGACGAGCAGUGAAACAAAGCGACUGGGAUCUCUUUUUUUAUUUUAUUUUUUGGUGCGUGUUUUUUAAGAGAAGACAAAAGUACAAUGAGGGAAUGAAAGGCGCUGAAGCCGUGGACAAAGAAGAGAGAUGAUUCUGUCGUGUAGGAAAGAUCCGCUCGGCCUCUCCUUGUAGAGACCAAGGGGAGACGACGACGACGGCGGCGGCAGGAGGAUAAUAGCUGUUUUCUCAAGGGCCCGGUUCAGCCAGGCUCUCUCAGAAGGUGAUAGAAUGUCGAACCAGAGCUUCGCCAUCGAUGGCCCUGGCAGUUUACUGGCCGUGCUGGCUUCCCAGAGCGGACCGGGCAAAGGUGGCAGCAGUAGCAGCAACAGUGAUGGCAGCAGUGAUGGCAGCAGUGGGGGUCUCUCUGCCACAGAUGUGUCUGCCUACUUUAAGCUGGUCUUCUUGGGGCUGAUCAUCUGUGUCAGCCUCGUGGGCAACCUCUUGGUUUCCAUGCUGGUGCUGCGAGACAGGACACUCCACAAGGCCCCCUACUUCUUUCUCCUGGACCUGUGCCUGGCCGAUGCGGUCCGCUCCGCCGCUUGCUUCCCCUUUGUGCUGGUUUCCGUCCACAACAGCUCGGACUGGCCUUACAGCAAAUUGAGUUGCAAAGUUGUGGCUUUCAUGUCUGUUCUGUUUUGCUUUCACGCUGCCUUCAUGCUGUUUUGUGUGGCUGUCACUCGGUACCUCGCCAUCGCCCACCACCGCUUCUACGCCAAACGCAUGACCAUCUGGACCUGCGCCGCCAUCAUCUGCAUGGUGUGGACCUUGGCCGUCGCCAUGGCGUUCCCUCCUGUCUUCAACGUGGGAACUUACGAGUUCAUCCGUGAUGAAGACCAGUGCAUUUUUGAACACCGCCACCUGAAGAACAACGACACCCUUGGCUUCAUGCUGAUGCUGGCUGUGGUCGUCCUGGCCACUCACGGAUUCUACGCCAAGCUCCUACUCUUUGAGUACAGGCACCGCAAGAUGAAACCGGUCCAACUGGUGCCGGCUAUCAGCCAGAACUGGACCUUUCACGGUCCUGGAGCGACAGGCCAAGCUGCAGCCAAUUGGAUCGCGGGGUUCGGUCGCGGCCCCAUGCCCCCGACUCUGUUGGGCAUCAGGCAGAAUUUACACAAUCAGCACCGGCGGCUGCUUGGGAUGGAGGAGGUCCGGUCAGAGCGCAGGCUGGGCAGGAUGUUCUACACCAUCACUCUGCUUUUCCUCGUCCUCUGGGCGCCAUACAUCGUGGCCUGCUUCUGGAGGGUGUUCGUCCAGUCCUGCACCAUCCCUCACAGGUACCUCUCCAUCACGGUGUGGAUGAGCUUUGCCCAGGCCGGCGUCAACCCCAUCUUCUGUCUCCUGCUCAAUGAGGACCUGAGGAAAGUGCUGCGAGCCCACCUCCCCACCUACUGGAGGACUAAACAACAUCUGCCCCAGGAUGAGGCCUACUGCAUCAUGUGAGAGGAAAUUAGUCCAGGUUUCAGAUUUAGAGAGAGCAGAGGGGAUUUAGUGCACUUCCUCUUAAGUGUUGGUGUCUGAUUUGUUGUUUUGCACAACAAGAUCAAAGUUUUGCUACCAAAUUCAGGAUUGUUUUGAAGAAUGUCCCGUGAGGUGAAAACAGUCCGAACAGGGGCGCUAGGAAACCCCUGGCAACACUUUUGGCGAUGUGUACUUCUGGUGUAUGAAUGAUAGCUUGGAAAGAUCACAACAAUCACCACUCCAAUUAGGUGUGACAGAUGCCAUUUUCAAAAUAACGUUGCCUUAUUUCAGACGGACACGGCCCAGAGAACUAGUUUGUGUCACAUAAGGCCCUAAACGGAUAAAAACGCCCCUUGAAGAAAUGUGCCGUGAAUUGUGAAUAGAAAGUGUUGAUCAGAGCGAUGCUAACUCUGAAACACAUCAAAGAACUCAAAGGGGUCUGAAUGGAGCGACAGACCUCUCUGGACGCCUUUUCAUGUAAUUCAAAGAAGACUGCAGAAUAUUAAGCGGACCCGAUACCCUUGGAUACAUUUAAAUAGCUGUUGUGAACGCAGAAGCCCCCCCAAACAUGCUUGAUUUUUUUGGACUUAGGGCGUGUCAGGUUUCUUUGUAUCAUAUAAUGAAAAAAAAAAUUGCCUGUUUUGCUUUAUUUGUAAACAAUACAUGUUAAAGCAGAUGACACUAUUUUGAAAUAUGACUUGAUUUCUUAUUGUAUAGACUGUACAGGAAUGUACAUUCCUGCUUGUGUGUUUUUCUAUAGCAUUUUUGCGCGCCCGUGUGUGUGUGUGUGUGUGUGUGUGUGUGAGCAAAAAGGGAGAGAAAGGCAGAACGAGACUGACAGGAGAAAUGUUGAUACAAUAGGUUUCAGUAAUACUGAGUCAAAAUGAAGGCAGUCACACUUUGUUGUCUAAAUCCGGCAAAAUUCAGCUGCCAUCAAAUGGAAAUUUAUCCUUUAAAUGAAUUUCUGCAACUGAAAAUGUGGUAUGAUUUUUUUUUAUGCUAAUGUGCUAAAAAUGUGAAAUAUCGGGGGAUAAGAUUAAAAAAGGGGCACUUGUAUAUUACAAACAGGGCAUAGGAUUUAAUGACUUGAACGAUGUACGUAUAUUACAUCAGUUUUAAAAAAAUAGCAAAUGUAUAUUUAUUAGCAAAUGAUGGUCUUGGGAAUGUUUUAAAGUACUGUACUGUUACUGUAUGCUUUCACCACAAAAGAAGACGCGCCAUGAAGGAAACUCGAAUGUUACCAGGCCCUCUUAUAUUUCAACAUAAAUGUCAUGAUUUGAGUGUCUGGAUCACGGUGUGUUUGAAAAAUCAAAGCGAAAUCAGGCUGCUGUGUGGAUCCCGGCUCAGUCUGCACUGAAUUGUUUCUCCAAAUUAAGAUUCAUGUAAUGCAAAUGUCUGACCUUCAGUGCGUUAGGCAUAGAGAUAUUAAUGUGCAGUCAAUCUUUUAAAUGUGGACACUUGCACAGCCUGCUGUUCUAGCAUGCAUUCCACUGCAUUUCAUAGGUUCCAGACCGGGUAUUACAACUUGUACAGAUGUUGAUGCGGAAAAGGCAAAGUGAGGUCCAUAAUUUUUACGUCUGGCACUCUUUUGCGAGAUGAUAUUCUGUAACUGUAAAGUUUAACUGAGGUGGUUCUUUUGGCCCACUCAUCAAUAAAGACUCUACUUUUGAUGCA